UCUCUCUCUCUCUCUCUCUCUCUCUCUCUCUCUCGCUCUCUCUCUAAACUAAAGUCAAGCUUUACGUCUGAAAGGGGAACACCUUCCAAGAACCAAGAAAGGCAAAAGAAGAACAAAGCAUCCAAAGAAGAACACCCAUUAAUGGAGAUAGAAGUGGCAGUAGCAGCAGCAGAACUCAAUUUCGACAGCACAACUUCGUCUCCAUACAUAACAGCUCCUUCAAGCCCAACUCGAUUUGGCAACAACAAUGUUUUCUUCUUUAGUGCACCCACAAGCCCUUCUCCUUCCACUUCCUCCAACAUACCUUUUGAUUGGGAUGACCAACCAAGAACUCCCAAGAAGAGAUCAGCCAGCGAUUUCGAAGACGAUUUCGAGUUCAAUUUCAGUGGUCAAUUGGCGAAAACUUCUUUCUCUGCCGCUGAUGAGCUCUUUGAUGGAGGAAAGAUUCGACCUUUAAGACAACCACUCACUCCUCCUUUUUCUUCUCCUAGAUCUAGGGAUCCUGAUAUAGAAAUUUCCGAUGGUCAGCAAGAUCGAGGAAGAGACCGGUCUCUGGGAUCUUCUUCUUCGCGUUAUGAUCGUAAAGGAAGCCGUUCUACGUCUCCAUUGAGAGUUUCAGACAUUAUGGUUGAUGAAGAAGAAGAAGUACAGUCAACAAAAAUAGUUGCUUCCAACACAAGCAACCACAAAUCCUCUGUUUUCUUGUCAGCAAUUCUGUACCCUGGUCGUGCGUAUAAGAAGUGGAAACUCAAAGAUCUGUUGCUGUUCAGGAGUGCUUCAGACGGAAGACCAGUUCCGACCAAAGAUUCCUUGAAAAGAUACGAUAUUCUAACAAAGAGAGAGGCCGAGGAUGUGAGAAGUUCGAGUAUCCGGUCGAGAGAGAGUUGUGACUCGUCGGUGUCUAUGUCAAGGAGGAGGAACGGAGCGGUGGUUUCAGCUCACGAGAUGCAUUACACUGAGAACAGAGCAGUGUCGGAGGAAUUAAAGAGGAAGACAUUCUUGCCGUACAAGCAAGGCUGGUUAGGCUGCUUAGGGUUUAACCCUACGGUCCAUGAAAUUGCAAGAGUUGGGUCACUGUCACGUGCUUCUUCUUGAUCCCUCUUGUACUUUUCUUUUGUUCUUAUAUAUUUUAUAUUCGCUUUUUUGAUGGCUUUAAUUUUCAGAUGUGAUGGUGAGGUUCCAUCGAAUUGAUGGAUACAUAUAUCAUAUUGUUUAAUUCGCGACGUUUUGAUACAUAUACAUAUGAAUGAAUAAAAGAAGAAAGAAAAAAAAUGCAAAAUUUGACA